AUGGAUGAAGAGAUACUGGAUAAGCAGAAGACGAUUGAGAGUCUCCAAGCGAAUUGGAUCUGGGUUCCAGACUGGGUCGACUCUUCAGCGAUCAACACCGCCGGGCGUCUAGUCAAAUUCACACGGAAAUUCAAUUUGCAAUCGAACUCAAGUCAGGCGAUAUUGCAUUUUUCUGCCGAUACAAGAUACAAAAUCUUCGUCAAUGGGAUACAUCUAGCCACGGGCCCCGCCAGAGGGAGUCCCCUCAUCUGGUAUUAUGAUACCUUGGACAUUGCAAAGCAUCUUCAAAUUGGGCAAAAUGAAAUCAACUUUGUGGUCAUCCGGUAUUUUGCCUCAUCUCGUGGGGGAAUGCCGUUUGAACGAACUUCUACACCAGGCUUGACAGUCACUGGCAGUGUUAAGACAGCGACCGAGACGAUUGACUUAGAGUCGCGACAGCUUUGGCAAGCACAGGUAGAUGAAAGCGUAACAUUCCCAAUGGGACUUGUGGAUGAUGUGUUUCUUCAUAUCAGUGAACGAGUCGAGCCCGUCGAGCCUAAGCCGCCCACGACACCUAUUGCAUAUAACCUCAAGACCCUGAAUGGAGAGCUUCCACCAUGGCGCCUACAACCACGAUGCAUCCCAUUCCCUGAGAUGGGAAAAGUGGAAAUGAAUAUUGUCAAAUUUCACGACAGUUGUGUCUCGGUCGAUAAUUGGACAGAGUUUUUUUCGCAGAAACGCCCCCUCACACUCCCAUCUGGAUCACGCCACGUACUUGAACUGCAAGCGGAUGUUCAUUCUACUGCAUUCCUGAAAUGGGUAUUCAAAGCAGUUGAGAAGCCAUCUGAAAUCCGAAUUCGAACGACUUACUCGGAGGGAUACGAGUUGGAGCCUCGUUCAUAUCCAUUUUUCCGUUCAAAAGCUGACCGCCUAGAUAAAUCGGUAGGCCAUAUUCUUGGCCCAUACGAUGAAGCGGUGAUACCAGUACCAGAAUUUGUUGAAAGUACAUAUGAACCUUUCUGGUUUCGAACAUUUCGAGUCUUAAGACAUGAAAUUACAAUUGGGGCGGAGCCGGUGACCCUGGAAUCGUUCAAAGGGACACAGGUGAACUAUCCGAUGGCUGUGAAAGCUCAAUGGAGCAAUCUAGAUGACCCGCAGAGCAAAGAAAUCUGGGAUGUUUCGAUUCGAACUAUGCGGAAUUGCAUGUUUGACGGCUAUUCCGAUUGUCCUUUUUAUGAACAACUUCAAUACUCUGGUGAUAGUCGAUCCGUUGGGCUGUUUCACUAUCUUCUGUCCGGAGAUGAUAGAUUGAUGCGACAAGCAAUCACAAACUUUGGUUCCUCUAUCACCCCAGAGGGCCUGACACAAUCCCGAUUUCCAUCUCAUGUUCCUCAAGUAAUUGCGGGAUUCUCACUUUACUGGAUCUUACAAAUUUGCGAUCAUCAUCUUUUCUUUGGGGAUAGCCGGUAUUCUCGUUCUUUUAUGCCUCGAAUUGAUGGUGUGCUCGACUUUUUUAAUUCGCAUGUAGACGAAUUUGGGUUGGUCAGCGGUAUGCCAGAGCAUGUAUGGCAAUAUGUUGACUGGGUAACAACAUGGGGCGCAACUGACGAGCAUCCCGACAAAGGGGUACCAAAAUCUGGCCGGAAGACAAACAGACACACAUACUUUAGUAUGCUGUACGCAUACGUCCUCAAGCAGGCCGCGCAACUUAUCCGAGACGCUGGAAGACCAGGGAACGCAACAGAAUAUGAGUCACGGGCCGACUCCCUAAUAUUAGCUAUACGGAAGCAUUGCUACGAUGGUCAAUCUUUCACUGACUCAACCGUUGAUGUUGCUGAUGAUCUCUCCUAUUCCCAACAUUGUCAGGUUUUCGCCGUCCUCUCGGGCGCGGCGGUGCCUUCGGAAUCGGAGAAUCUCCUGGUGACGUCUUUCGAGAAUCAGAAAUUCUCCAAAUGUUCAUACAUGAUGCGUUUCUAUGCCCUUCGCGCCCUUGCGAUGACAGAUGGGAAUGCAUACGAUAGACUUUGGCAUAGCAUGUGGGCUCCUUGGAGGUCCAUGCUAGCAAAUAAUCUGACCACUUGGGAAGAGGAUGAUGUUCGCCAGCGUUCGGAUUGCCAUGCAUGGGGAAGCGUCCCAAUAUAUGAAUAUUGUACAGAAGUGGCUGGUAUUUUGCCCAUUGCGCCGGGAUGCUCCAAAAUAUCAUUCAAGCCCCGUCUUGGCCUGGGUAAGGCUGUUGAUGCCAAGGUUGCAUUGGGGCAAGAAAACCUAGCGUCGGUUUCUUGGACGACUGGCCCUGACGAGGAGAUUACGGUCCAACUCAAAAUUACAAAGGCCAUAGAUGUUGUAAGCCAGCUACCAGGGGCUGAGCUGGUAGAGCAUGGAAUCGUGGAUGAGAUUACACUAGUUUAUGGGCGUGUUUGA